CCUCUAUAUAGGGGCGGGGGGGCGGCGGCAGCUCCGCAUUGCAGGCGGUGGCGGGAACGAUGGCGCAGUCGUCGCUGCUGUGCCUCCUCGGGCUGCUGGCGGCCGCUGUGGCAAGCCCUGUUCUGUGGCAGAAGGACUGUGCCAAGGGUCCGGAGGUGUGGUGUCAGAGCCUGCGGGCAGCAUCGCAGUGUGGAGCAGUGAAACACUGCCAGCAGAACGUCUGGAACAAGCCUACUGUAAGCAGCAUCCCCUGUGACUUGUGUAAGGAACUCGUGACCGUGGUUGGCAAGGUUCUGAAGGAUAAUGGCACUGAGGAUGAGAUCCGCUCUUACUUGGAAAAGACAUGUGAGUUUCUUCCUGACCAAGGCCUGGUCUCAGAGUGCAAAGAAAUUGUGGAUUCCUACCUCCCAGUUAUCAUGGAUAUGAUCAAAGAAGAGCUGGAUAACCCUGAAGUUGUAUGUAGUGCCCUUGCACUGUGCCAGUCCCUUCAGAAGCACCUUGCAGCAAUGAAACUUCAGAAACAGCUCCAGUCCAAUAAGAUACCAGAGCUGGAUUUCUCUGAGCUGGCAUCCCCAUUCAUGGCUAAUGUGCCUCUUCUCCUUUACCCUCAGGAUAAACCCAAGCAGAAGUCUAAGGGAAGUGGGGAUGUGUGCCAGGAUUGCAUUCAGCUGGUUACUGAUGUUCAGGAAGCUGUGAGGUCAAAUUCAUCUUUUGUGAAGUCUUUGGUUGCUCAUGCCAAGGAGGAGUGUGACCGUUUGGGACCCGAAAUGUCUGAUAUGUGCAAGAACUAUAUCUCUGAAUAUUCUGACCUGGCUAUCCAAAUGAUGAUGCAUAUGGAUCAGCAACCAAAGGACAUUUGUGCCAUGGUUGGAUUCUGUCCCUCUGUGAAAUCUGUUCCCCUUCAGACUCUGGUGCCAGCUCAAGCGGUCCAUGAAGUGAAAAUGGAAAUUGUGGAGAAACCUUCAGUUCAAGAGAAAACUUUAUCCUUAUGUGAAAUAUGUGAGACCAUGGUGAAAGAAGUGACUGGCCUCUUGGAGAGCAACAAGACAGAGGAGGAGAUUGUACAUGAAAUGGAAGUCAUCUGCUACUUGUUCCCAGCAAGUGUCAAAGACCAGUGUAAGGACUUCAUAGAUGUCUAUGGCCAGGCUUUGAUUGACAUGCUCUUGGAAGCAACGAAUCCUGAAGCUGUGUGUGUUAUGCUGAAAUGCUGUGCAACAAAUAAGCCUCCACAGCAGCCAGUUUUGGUGAAACCUGCAGGUGGCUUCUGUGAUGUCUGCAAGAUGGUGGUAGCUUAUGCAGACAAAGAACUGGAGAAGAAUGCCACAACAUCUGAAAUAGAGGCUUUACUGGAAAAAGUCUGUCACUUCCUGCCACAGUCUGUCAGUGAUCAGUGUGUUCAGUUUGUGGAACAGUAUGAACCCGUGGUUGUGCAACUCUUGGCAGAGGUGAUGGAUCCCACUUUUGUUUGCACUAAACUCGGGGUAUGUGGAUCAGCUAAAAGGCCUCUCUUGGGUGAUGAUGCUUGUGUCUGGGGGCCAGGUUACUGGUGUAAGAACAUGGAGACUGCUGCUCAGUGCAAUGCUGUUGAUCACUGCAAACGUCACGUGUGGAACUAGAAGAAGAAUUUCCAGUUCUGAAAGUUUGCCAUGGCUCUUAAAAAUGCGGGCCAAGGUUGAUGGGAGAGCUGUAUCUCAAGUGACCCUCCUCUGCCUCAUUAACAGUUUGACCUUCAAGUUCCUUUGUUGUAACUUCUGUAGCAGUGCUGCUGUUGAAACAUCAGAUCUUCAUUGUUGACUUAAAGUUUUUUUUGAUUGUACAGUUAAACUCAUUAUGCUCCUAAAAAUAGUCAGUGUGUUAUAGAUUUUUUUUUUAAUUGGUAGGCUGAGUUGUUUAUUAGGUGCUGGCAGAGAAGGUGAAAUGAAUUUUAGAAAUGUCAGAGAAGGUGAAAUGAAACAAAACUUUUAAUUAAAAAAAAAAAAGGAAUACAAUAGUGACUAAAUUUUCAAAUGUCUUUCUGUAGUCAGCAUUGGGCAGAUUACAUGCCUUGCAUUUUUAACAUCUGGCUGGAAUAUUAAUUUUCUGCAUAACUGUAGGAGAACUCUAAGGAAUAAUGUUGAAUCUGGGAAUCCCUUGGGCAGGAAUUUUCAAAGCUCUGCAGUUGCAGAGGAAGGGACAUCAUGUGCUGAGCUGACUUUGAGUAAUUGGUACCUAAAAAAAAAUGCAUUUGCAUUUGAGUAACCACGCUUUUGCACUUGAGUAACCACACUUAUGGUUCAUGGUCUUACAGCUAAGGAAGCCUUUCCUCAGCCUAUGAUCUGUGUAGUUUUUUUUUUUCCUUGGGACUACUUGCUCUAAGCUUUUUUUUUUUUUCUCCUGUCAAGCCAUGUACAGUGGGAUUUCAGUCUUUUGAAGCAUGCUGAUGUACUUGAAGAAUUGCUUCCCUCUUUUCUUAUCCUUGUUGCUCAAUUCUGCUUAGUCUUGCAGCUUCCUACACGCAGCCAGCUGCAGGUGCCAAGGAGGUGGAAUGAGCUGGAUUGUUAGAAGAUGGAGGGGGAAAAUGUCAGCAGGGGCUAUUCAUCUGUCAGAGUGCAGUAUAGAGGCCAGAAUACAUGAAAAAAUGUUUUGUUUUUCUCUUUUAAUUGUAAACUGUGUGUUCCUUGAUCUGAUUUUUUUUUUCUCAUAGCAUUUUUCAGUCAUCUAGAUUUUCAGCAAUGCUAUGAGGCUCAGGGGCAACUGCUAUUGCUGCUGCCCAUUCUUACUCACCUGUCUGAGUAGUUUAAAGUAUAAUUUUAUUUUUCCCAAGUUCCCAAUCCUUUUGGGAAAAGUGAGUAGCAAGUGGAGAUGGCAGAUGGUUAGAGCACUGUAAUAGGUAUUUGGCAGCUCCCCUGGCAUACCUGACAUACCAUGGCAUGGUUGCCUGACCUGCCUCUGCCACAUCCCACUGCAGUGGCCUUCUGAACAACAACAAAAAAAAAAGCCUCUGAAGGGAGACUGCUGCCCUGGAAACCAGGGUGUAGGGGCCUCCAGAAUGAGGAUCAUGCUUGUGUUGCUCAAGGCAGACCUCACACCUCCCCAGCAGCAUUCAAUGUGUAUUUCUGAUCAAAUUAACCCCCAAAACUGAGGAACCAAAGCAGCUCUGAGGAGACCUUUGGGAAGGAGGAGCUUUGAAAAUUCCAGUCCUGUUCAAAAAGGUGCCAGCAACUACUACUGUUCCUGUGGUGUCUUGAGUGAGGUGGGAGCUUGAGUGAAAAAGCUUUAGCAACAAGCCAACUGUUUUUGGUUUUGGGUUUUUUUUUUUUUUUUUUUUGUUGUUGUUGUUGUUUUCAGUUUAAUGGAAAACCACUCAACUGCACCUUUUUUGUUACUCUAUGUACAUCCUAGAUGUCUGGGCAAUGUUGACAGAUGGUGACACUGGUUUGUCUUUCCUGUUUGCUUUUGUACAGAAUGCUGAAGCACUCAUGGCUUAAAAAAAAAAUUAAAUUUCCCCAUAAGAUGUAAAAUACCUGCAGCUUUCUGUCUUGGCAGGCUUGUGUGGUGGCUCUAGUGGUGUAUCCCAGUUGGGGUAGAUAUUCCAGAUAGGAAACAGGCUCCCUUCAGAGUCGCUGCCCUGGAGGUACAGGUUGUGUUACACCACAACUUGUAUUUGAUCUUUUAAACUGGAUGGCAUUCUCUUAAUGAGAUCUUUUCGAGGGAGGUGGGCUGGGGUAGGGUGGGAGGUUAGGAGGUGGAUUAACACAGGUUGGCAAGGUCUUAAUUUUCUUGGUUUUUGGUAAUGAAGGAUUUGUGCCAGUGAUCUGUGGGAAAUGCGAGCUGGGGGAAGUCCUGGGCUAGCACAGGGAGGCUCUGUGUUUUUUUCCUUUCCUGUGGCAUGUGGCCUGCUUGAGUUAUGCCGGGGGGACACGUGCAGUUGCUCUCUAAAGAACAUUGUCUUGAUUUUUUGCACAAAAGCUUCCUUAAUGAACAAUAAAAAACUUCUAUAAACCAA